AGUCACACAGCAGCAGAGUUGAACGACGCGUCCGCAUCGAGCCGCAGAUCUUUCUCACCGCCACCGAUGGGCAGCGGCGAAUCCACGGCGGCGGCGGCGGCGACGAUGGCGUGGCCGCGCUGGCGCCGCCGCCACGGCUGGCAGCUCCCCCUCCACCCUCUCCAGCUGGUGGGCAUGGCGGUGUUCGCCGUCCUCGUCGCCGCGUUCUACGUCGUCCUCGGGCCGUACCUCGGCAGCACCGUCGCGGGGAACACCCUCCUCGCCCUCUUCUCCUCCUCGGCGGCGGGCGCGGCGGCGCUCUACGUGCGGUGCACGGCGGUGGACCCGUCGGACCGGACGCACGCGAAGAAGAUGAAGAGGCGGCGGCAGCUGGCGAGGGCCCGCGCAGGCCGCCGCGGCGGCGGAGGAGGGGGGAGGUUGCCGAGGCUGAGGUACGGGUACAUCCUGUGGCGGUACGUCGUGCGGCUGCUCCGGCGGGUGGAGGUCCGCGUGAUGAACCGGUGGGUGCGGCGGAGCUACCUCGAGCAGUGGAACUCCAGCGUCCAGCUCGACCCCAUGCUCCCCUUCGCCUUCACCAGCCUCGACGACAUCGUCUCGCCGCACGCCGCCGCCGGCCACGACAUCUCCUACUGCCCCGUCUGUGAUUGCGAGGUGAAAUUGCGCAGCAAGCACUGCAAGACCUGUGAUCGCUGUGUUGAUGGAUUUGAUCACCACUGCAGGUGGCUGAACAAUUGCAUUGGAAGAAGGAACUAUGCAUCAUUUAUUCUGCUCAUGUUCUUUGUCCUGCUCAUGCUUGUUAUUGAGGGAGGAACAGCAAUCGCGAUCUUCGUUCGCUGCUUUACCGACAGCAAAGGGUUGAAAAUGGAAAUGGAACACAGGCUUCACAUCAGGCUCCCAAAAGGAGCACAUGCAGCGUUAUCAAUGGUUUUUGUGAUCUUCACCUUAUACAGUACUGUAGCACUGGGUCAGCUCUUCUUCUUCCAUGUUGUGCUUAUUAGAAAGGGAAUGAGGACAUAUGAUUACAUCCUUGCUAUGAGAGAAGCAGCACAAGCAUUUGACCCUUUCGAUGACUCUGAUUCGUCGUCUGAUGAGAGUAUCGACUUCGAUUCACCAGAAAGGCCAUCCUUUCUGUCAAGGAUCUUCUGCAGAAAAGAUGAAUUAAGUGAAAGUACCCGAAAGCUAUCCAUCAGGAUUGAAAAUGAGCCCAGUGAUGGAACAAGAAGGAAAGAUGACAUCCAGAUCAACCCAUGGACGUUGAUCAAGAUGAGCAAGGAGAAGGCUAUGGCAGCCGCUGAGCGUGCCCGUGAGCGAAUCAGGAACAAGCUGCCAUCAACAACAACCUCACCGAUGAAACCAUUACCGGUGGAGACAAAGAGAGGUCCUCUGAACCAAGAGAGAAAGCACAUCAUGACAGGGAAGGAGAUUGUUCCUGUUUUCACCAAGAGCUGGUUGUCAGGAUCCCCGACAGCAAGGCUGUCAAGCCCAAGAAGACGAUUCUCCGGUUCACCAUCUCCGAAACCACAGAGACACCGGAGCAACUUCGAUCUGAGACUUGCAGAGGUGUCAAGAGAGCUUGAGUCCCACAUCUCAAAGCAGGUUCUUUGCUCCGUUGUCAUGAAGGGUGUUGAAGAUGAAGAUUCUCCAUCCUGUUCAUUCAUGCUGCUCUACAUAUACAUAGUUGUUUGUAUGUUGCUGUUGUGUAUUCCAAUCUCUGAACACUUGGGUACAGCAAUCCAUGGGGAAAACACGUUGACCUUACUAAUCCGAGCUAGUCUAUGUCGAAGUCUCGUUCCCUUUAUAACUAGCUUAGCUUGCUCCUUUCAUCACCUUCUCAUAUCAUCAAGAAACCUCGCGACCUCCACCAACUCCGAUCGAACAGCCCAAUCGACCAUGGCCGCCGCCGCCGCCCGUUCCGGCGCGCAUCCGCCAUCGUUCGCCUCCUCGCUCGGCCGGUGCAGGGUUCUUCCAGUCGUGGUGGUGCGUCGGCCGGGCGGUGCCGCGAGGCCGUCACCGCUGCUCGCUCCGGCGAGGUGCGCCGCCGCCGUCGGGACGGCGGCGCCCAAGGUGGAGGGCGGCGGACGGCGGUCGUCGGAGCAGGGGCAGCUGGCGGUGGCGCCGGCGCGGCUGGUGGAUGAGCUGGUCGAGGAGGCGCUGGUGUGGUCGUCGCAGCACGGCCUCGUCGUUGGCGACAAGAACCACCCGAGAUCAGGAAAAGCUCCCGGUGUUGGUUUGCUCCAUGCCCCAUUUGCUCUACUGCCAAUGUCAUUUUCGAAAGUUUACUGGGAUCAGGCGGUUGAAUUGGCUCCCCUUUUCAAUGAGCUUGUUGAUCGUGUUAGUUUGGAUGGGGAUUUUUUGCAGGAGACUUUGGCAAGAACGAAAGAGGUGGAUUCAUUCACUGGAAGGCUUCUUGAUAUCCAUGCAAAGAUGAUGAAACUAAACAAGAAAGAGGAUGUUAGGUUGGGUCUUACUAGGUCAGAUUACAUGAUUGAUGGGGCCACUGACCAGCUUCUUCAAGUUGAACUCAACACCAUUUCAACAUCAUCCAACGGUCUUGCUUGCGGUGUAUGUGAACUUCACAGAAACCUGAUUAGGCAGCAUGAGAGGGAGCUCGGUUUGGAUCCAGAGAGUGUUGUUGGGAACACAGCAAUUGCUCAGCAUGCUGAAGCAUUAGCUGGAGCAUGGGCUGAGUUCAACAAUCAAAGUUCAGUAGUUCUGGUGGUUGUUCAACCAGAAGAAAGGUACAUGUAUGACCAAUAUUGGAUAACUGUCGCCUUGAGAGAAAUGUAUGGGGUGACGACAAUUCGCAAAACAAUGGCUGCAAUAGAUGCAGAAGGAGAGCUCCGUCCUGACGGUACACUAACAAUAGAUGGAUUGCCAGUUGCUGUUGUGUACUUCAGAGCAGGUUAUACACCAAAUGAUUACCCUUCAGAAGCGGAAUGGAGAGCAAGACUCUUGAUUGAGUGUUCCUCUGCUAUUAAGUGCCCAUCAAUAGCACACCAUCUUGUUGGAACCAAAAAGAUUCAACAAGAAUUGGCAAAAGAAAAUGUGCUCGAAAGGUUUCUUGACAACAAAGCCGACAUAGAAAAAGUUCGGAAAUGCUUUGCAGGGCUAUGGAGCUUGGAGAAUGACAGUAUAGUCAUGUCUGCUAUUGAAUCACCAGAAUUGUUUGUUCUGAAGCCACAAAGAGAGGGUGGAGGAAACAACAUUUAUGGGGACAAUCUGCGUGAAACACUGAUAAGUCUGAAGAAGGAUGGAAGCAAUGAACUUGCAGCCUACAUCCUAAUGCAGAGGAUCUUUCCACCAGCAUCACUCUGCUAUCUAGUCCGAGAUGGCACAUGCAUUCGGGAAAAUGCGGUUUCUGAAUUUGGAAUUUUUGGAGCCUACCUGCGGAACAAAGACAGGGUCAUUAUAAAUGACCAGUGUGGUUAUUUGAUGAGAACCAAGGCUGCCUCACUGAACGAAGGUGGGGUAGUUGCUGGAUACGCAUUUUUGAACAGCGUAUUCCUGACAUGACAUGGUAAGACAUGCGAAACAUGUGUAUCGGUUUGAAUAUGGAUAAUUCUCCAAGCAGGUUAUCAGAGAAUUCAUAAUUUGUAUGCUAUUACUUUUAGCAGGAAUCAUACCAAUGUUAUUUCCAUGACACACUUUUUUUUAUUUGGCAUGAUUUCGCUAUCAGCCGAGAUUGAGGUACCAUUAUUCCCAUGUAUAAAAAUGUUAUAGCUAUCAUAUUUUAAUGUAUGAGUAUCAAUUUGCUUAUAUUGUCCUGAAGUUGAUGAGUUUACCGGUCCAGUGCUUUCAUUUGAAAAGACAGACAUUGUAAUUUUGUAUGCGAGAGUAUGUUGUAAUAUUUCUGUUCUAGUAGACCAUUA